AUUAUUAUUAUUAUUGGUGUAGAACUGGAUCGACGAUAGGUUGACUUGGAAUCCGAGCGAAUAUGAACACCUGAAUUCUAUAAUAGUCGACCACCGUGAGAUCUGGCACCCGGACAUCAUGGCGUUCAACAACGUCGACGCCAACAUGGAAGACGAUCGGACACACGUCAACAGCGUGUUGAACAGAAGCGGUGGGGUGAUAUGGGUUGAACCGGUGCAGUACAUUAUACAUUGCAAGACGGACACAACAAACUGGCCUCACGACACGCAGACCGGAGUCUUGAAACUCGGGUCGUGGUUGUACUUGGGCAGAGACCUGAACCUGACCAUCGACGAAGGAGAAGAAGUAGAAAUGGCUAGCUCACACUCGGAAUGGGACAUCACUAACGUUUCCAAGGAGAGAAACAUCAGGUACUAUGACUGCUGUCCCGACGAACAGUAUAUCGACAUCGAAUACAAUAUCACCAUCAGGCGGAAGGUGCAUUCCUAUAAGUCAGUCCUCUAUAUCCCAGCUCUAUGCAGUAUUUCGUUCAAUUUACUAACAUUUUGGCUCCCGUACUCCGACAAUCAAAGUAAAUUGUUUGUGAACCUGUUCAACGCACUGUUCGUCACUUUGGCCAUUAUGGUCGUGUACACAAAAGUACCGAUUGUCACUUCCACUGUUCCGUUGAUUGUCGUUUACUACACUUACAGUUUGGGACUGAUCGCCGCGACCGCGGUGCUGUCCAUAGCUGUAAAAGGCAUGUCCGUGGUGAGCAAACCACUACCACACGGGGUUACCUGGUUCCUUCAUUCCGGUUACCUGGUAUACUUGGGAAUCGAGAUAAACGAUUCGGCGGCUGAUUGUCACAUGCUCUGUGAAUCCGAAGAGAUGAUCGCGCAGACUGCCGAUUUGAAUGAGCGACACAAACUCGCCAAGGUAAUCGACAGGAUAUGUUUCGUGGUGUUCGCAUUCAUCUAUUUGAUUCUUCUAUUGAGGCUCAUGCCGUAGACAGACGUUGUCUCGCUGUAUACUAUACCUUAAAUGCAUCCUGUCCAAUAAAGGAAUAUCCUGCGCCUUAUCGAUCAUA